GUUGGGUCUAAUAUACGAACAAAAGCAAUCGGGGCCUCAACUCAACAGCUGAGCUUGAGGAACACCCACCGCAUUUCGGACACAGGGAGGAGAAAGAAGUAAGCAAAGCCAUGAUCUCGCAGUUCUUCGUGCUCUCACAGCGUGGCGAUAACAUCGUCUUCCGCGACUAUCGCGGUGAAGUACCAAAAGGAAGUGCGGAGAUAUUUUUCCGGAAGGUGAAGUUUUGGAAAGAAGAUGGGCAAGAGGAAGCACCACCUGUCUUUAAUGUGGAUGGUGUCAACUACUUUCAUGUGAAGGUUGUUGGACUAUUAUUUGUUGCAACCACAAGAGCUAAUGUAUCGCCAUCUCUUGUCUUGGAACUUCUUCAAAGAAUUGCCCGUGUCAUCAAAGAUUAUGUUGGAGUUCUCAAUGAAGAUUCAAUAAGGAAGAAUUUUGUGCUUGUGUACGAGUUGCUUGAUGAAGUCAUGGAUUUUGGCUUUGUGCAAACAACAUCAACUGAACUGUUGAAGUCUUAUAUCUUUAAUGAGCCAAUUAUUCUUGAUUCUGCACGUUUAUCAUCUAUUGGCCCUACUGGCCUUUUUAUGCAAGGGACAAAGAGAAUGCCUGGAACAGCUGUCACAAAAUCAGUUGUUGCAAGUGAGCCUGGCGGUAGGAAGAGGGAGGAAAUUUUUGUGGAUAUAAUCGAGAAGAUCAGUGUUACUUUUAGCUCUAGUGGGUACAUACUGACUUCUGAGAUUGAUGGCACCAUUCAAAUGAAGAGCUAUCUCACUGGCAAUCCAGAAAUCCGAUUAGCUCUUAAUGAGGACCUGAGCAUAGGAAGAGGUGGAGGAUCGGCAUAUGACUAUAGGAGUUCCUUUGGCUCAGGAGCAGUGAUACUUGAUGAUUGUAAUUUUCACGAAUCUGUACGUCUUGAUAAUUUUGAAGUAGACAAAACUCUGACCCUGGUACCCCCUGAUGGUGAAUUUCCUGUCAUGAACUACCGUAUGACUCAGGAGUUCAAGCCUCCUUUUCGUAUUAAUGCUUUGAUUGAAGAAGCAGGAGCGCUUAAGGCCGAAGUGAUUCUGAAAAUAUUUGCUGAGUUCCCAUCAAACAUUACUUCAAAUACAAUUGCUGUACAAAUGCCGCUACCUAAAUAUACAAUCAGAGCCAGUUUUGAGUUGGAACCGGGAGCAGUUGGGCAAACAACAGAUUUCAAGGAAGCAAAUAAGAGACUUGAAUGGGGUUUAAAGAAGAUUGUUGGUGGAUCUGAACAUACACUGCGUGCCAGACUGACCUUUUCACCGGAAGCACAUGGAAAUAUAACAAAAGAAUCCGGUCCAGUUAGCAUGACGUUUACAAUACCUAUGUAUAAUUCUUCAAGACUUCAGGUAAAGUACUUGCAGAUAGCAAAGAAAUCUGGAACUUAUAAUCCAUAUCGGUGGGUUAGAUAUGUCACGCUCGCCAAUUCAUAUGUUGCUCGUAUAUGAUACAAUAAAGCUUCAUAUGUUAAUGGUAUUUCACGGUGGAGGAAUUGGAAAGAAGGGUUCUAGUUGCAAGAUGUCUUAUGAAACCCUCACUCUUUUCCUUCUUUGGUGGGUCUGGAUAUUUCUCUAUUCUUUUUCAGUGGUUUCAUUUCUUGACUAACAUUAGGCUGUAUCGUUGGAUUUUUAGUAGGACAAUUGAAUUAUUAAAUUGCUCCUUCUGCAGUGCUUGUUCAAUAACUAUAUAAAUGCACUCAAA